UAGUUGGCGAAGCCCUAAUUGCUUAGGUAUAUUUAUCGAAAUAUUGGAUGUUGGAUAGCUCAAUCAAGUCGGAGGUAUAUAAGUUCAAUACUCAUUUGUUGGGGUUCGUUUCCGCACGUUAUGGAAUUUCGAGUGAUUCUAACAAUCUGGAUAUCAUUCUUGGUGGUAGAUGGUUUCGCAUGGACAGAGCUGUAUAAUUUAACCUCGAAGCGUAGUUUGCAAAGGGAUAAACGGUUUAUUGUAUUUCUAGGAUCUGGUGUUCAUAAAUUCGUUUGUGGUGUAUCUAUUCCGGUAUCUUUAGAAGACAAGAAACCAUGGCGAUCACUUGGUGCUGUUUAUGGCUUUCAGGGUGAAUAUCCAGUGCCUGUAACACCUAUCUAUUGGUGGAAUAAAUGGGAAGGAAGAUCGUUGGCAGAAGUGAAAAUGCAAUACAAUAAGAAUGGAUCUUAUAAACCAGAUGAAUCACGCAUAUUCAUUUACGCCUUGAUUGAAUUUUAUUUGAAUCGAGCAGGAAAAAAUGGCCGGCAAUGUCUGCUACGUGCAAUUUGCGAAAAUGCUUUGAUAGAUGAAUUUGGUGGAAUUAUUGGAGAAGUUAUAAGCGCAGUUCUCAAGCCUUCAGACGAUUCAGACGACGAAUACCAGGAUGCAUAUAAAGCUGGAAGGUAUGGUGCAAUUUGUACAACUAUGUAUCCUGAAUGCCCGCAAGGACAGGGACUUUUCGAUGGUUUGACAGUGACGAGAUCAUCUAAUUAUUAUAAGGAUGUGUAAUGUUUGAUGGGAAUGAAUGCUUUCGAAAAAUGGUGACAUAAAUGUAACAUUUUACCGUGUACUUCAUUAUUCCUUUUGUUUUGAAUUUCGCUUAGCCAAACCAAGAAGCUUGCGACUAUAUCGGAACUCCGUCAUACUAGCGUCAUUAAAUUUUCUUUU